AAUGGACACUGCUAUGGGUUUGUCGAAUCUCCACAUAAGUCUUAUGAUGAUGCCUCCCUUUAUUGCCAAGCAUUUGAUGGCUAUCUGGUUUCCAUUAACGAUGAAGCAGAAAAUAAUUUUGUGAAGACUAUUCUUGAUGGUUCAAGUGGUUACACAUACAUGGGCUUGAAACAGAAGAACCCAUCCGAAAACAUUUAUGAAACCUGGGACGAUGGCACCCCUCUUGGGUUCACAGGAUGGUACACUGGUCAACCCGGAGGUGCUAAUGAGCAGUGUGUAGUAUUUGAUCCAUCUCUUCAACUGUCAUGGCAUGACAAAAUCUGUGACAACAAACAGUUUAUAUGUGAGGCACAACAAGGGCCCUCGUUGGACUGUUUGAAUGGCCCCUACUAUCUCCAGCCCAAAAGUGACAACUCAAGCUACAUUGGGGUACUGAACACAAACCAACUAUGGCUCUCUAAUCAAACUACCACCUCGGAUGCCUUCUUUUUUCAAACACCUGGAAAUACACGGCAAAACCACUCGGUCUCGCUCAUUCCUGACGACAAAGCGGGGAACGUGAUGCAUGUAGCUUCUCAGACUGUCUCACUACAGAACGAGGAUGAUCAUGCUUCUGACAUCAAUUUUCCGCACGAGUCAACACUCAUAUUUAUUGAAGAUGAAUUUUGGCCAGGAUUUAUAACAUUACACUCGUCUACUGGGGACUAUUUGACAGUUUCAGGAGGACAGUUGGUUGCACAAGGGUAUGAGGAUACAGCUUCAUUCAAAAGUAGUGCAAGCUUUCAGUUGAUAGUGUCUCCUUGAGAAUAAUGCAAAACUGUUGCGCUUUUGACUUGUCCCAGCUUA